UCCCCUUUCAUUGCUAACGACUUGACGACUUUUCAUCCUCCCAUUUGCCACGUAAAAAACCACCACCCCACCUCUCCAACAGCCAUUCUCACGCUCACCCGCCCAUCUCCUCCGUCAUAGCUCAUAUGGCCGACACCGCGGCCGACGACGAACGCGAAGAAGAGCUCUCCUCGAUCGCCGCCAUCUUUCCGGAACUCGUCGUCGACCCCGAAAACCCCUUCGUCGCCUCUCUCGACAUAACCGUCGCGCCGUCCGCCCCUCUCGCCAUCACAUUUCCUUCCGCCGUCGACGGCGCGCCGCCACCCGCUUCGCUCCCUACACCUCCUACCUCGGACAAUGAGGGACAUAAGCUGGCCGAAGGCGCUGAUGCGCACCAAAUACCCCGCGAGAUCCACCGUCUGUCGUACCUCCCGCCGUUGCGCCUGGAGGUGACCCUGCCGGACGGGUACCCGGCGGAGAAGCCGCCGCGCUUCUCGCUGUCCACCACCCCACAGUGGCUGCCAGACGCGGCGAUACAGAAACUGAAGAAUGACGGGGUCGAGCUGUGGGAGGAGUACGGACACAUGCAGGUCGUGUUCGCGUACAUCGACAUGCUGCAGCAGGGCGCGGAGCGGUGCUUCGACCUGGUCGGCGCCGAGGGUGCGGUGCUCGAAGUCCCGGCCUCGAUGAAGAUUGCGCUGCUGGACUACGACAUCAAGGCAAAGCGGGCGCAGUUCGAGGCCGAGACGUUCGACUGUGGCGUCUGUCUUGAGCCGAAGAAGGGUUCCGCGUGCCACCGGCUGGGCCGGUGCGGGCACGUCUUCUGCAUUGCGUGUCUGCAGGACUUUUACAACAACUGCAUUCAAGAGGGAGACGUGGCGAGCGUACGGUGUCUGUCGCCAGACUGUGGGAAGGUGAAGGAUGGCCGCCGCAAGAGGAAGACAGAGCGCACGCUCAACCCGUCCGAGCUGUUGCAGAUCCCGCUCGAGCAGGCUAUGGUGCGGCGUUACGUGGAGCUUAAGCGCAAAAAGAAGCUCGAGUCCGACAAGUCGACCGUCUACUGCCCGCGCAAAUGGUGCCAAGGGCCUGCUCGUUCGAAGAAAUACCCCAAAAUCACAGAUCUGACGCAGAUCACGGACUCGGACUCCGAGUCCGAGGAGGAAGACCCCACGACACCCACCCCCGACAAGGCUGAAGAGAAGGUCCUCCGCUCCGCGGACAACAGGCUCGCCGUGUGCGAAGACUGCGAGUACGCCUUCUGCCGUGUGUGCCAGGGCGGCUGGCACGGCGACUAUAUACGCUGCUACCCGCGGUCGGCGGCCGAGCUGUCGGAGGAAGAGCAGGCAUCGUACGAGUAUUUACGACUACACACAUCACCGUGCCCGGAGUGCGCGAGCCCGACGCAGAAGACUCAUGGCUGCAACCACAUGGCGUGCUUCCAGUGCCGCACGCACUUUUGCUAUCUGUGCGGCGCGUGGCUCGACCCUGGAAAUCCUUAUCAACACUUCAACAGGCGCGAGACGCCGUGUUAUCAGCGGCUGUGGGAGCUAGAAGAGGGGGACGAAGGCGCGGCGCAGGCGGGUGCGGCCGCAGAUGCAGGUGGAGGAGGAGGAGGCGGCGGCGGCGUCGGAGCCGGAGCAGCAGACGUCCGCUUUGCCGGCGCGCGGGGCUGGGAAGCAGCGAUAGCGGCGGCAGACGAGGCGGACGCGAGAGAAGCCCAGGCGGCAGAAGACGCGGCUGCAGCGGUAGCGAUGGCGGGGGAUGCGCCGAGAGCUCUUAUUCCUCCUGCUGCUGCUGUUGCUGGGGUGGCAGCACCUCCCGCUCCCGCUCCCGCUCCCGCUCCCCCCGCCGCAGCAAUGCGCGCUCUGAACCUAGGCGCAGCAGCGCAGCAGCCGCGUCGGCAGCCACAACAACAACAGCAGCAGCAGCAACAGCAACAACCGGCGAACGCGCCCCCGCCUCGCCGCGCGCAACAACAACAACAACAACAACAGCAGCAGCAGCAGCAGCAGCAGCAGCGCGGCCGCAACCAGAACCAGAACCAACAUCCCGCUGCUGCUGCGGCGGCGGCGGCAGGACGCGCCCCUGCGCCUGCUCCUGCUCCUGCUGCCGCGCGCGCAAGAGACGCUGCUGCAGCUCAUCCACGCGCCCCACCCCCUGCUGCAGGAGCACGAAACCCAGCUCGCCCACCCAACCCACCCGCCCCCGCCCCCGCAGCAGCAGAAGCACAGCGCGCGCGCCAAGACCGCGCCCUCCAGCGCUUCUUGCGCAUGGUUGCUGCAGACGAAGAGGAAGGCUGGGAUAGCGACGAGUUGGAUGACGAGGGCGAUGGUGCUUGGGUUAUUAUGGAGAGGUGAUGUGGGGGUGUGGGUUGGGGGUGGGCGGGCGGGGGGAGGGGAGGGGG